AUGCUGUCUCAUAUCAUAUAUGCUCUCCUUGCCUCUUUGGCCAUCAUUUCCAACGUGUCCGCCGCUCCAUCCCAUAGCCGCAGCAAGACCAAGUGGACCAACAACAGCCCAAAAGCAGUAUACCUGAUCACCAACGACCAACAAAACGCCGUGGCUGCACUCCCCAUAGCAGCAGACGGCACCUUGUCUGCAGGGACAAUUACUUUGACCGGAGGAGCAGGAUCCAAUGCCAUUGAUGGUGCGACGGACCAACCAGCGACACCCGAUGCAUUGAUCGGACAGUCAGCCUUGACGAUUGCUGGGCAGCACAUCUUUGCAGUCAAUCCCGGCAGCAAUACCCUGUCCAUGUUCGCCAUCGAUGCAAGCAAUUCCACCAAACUCACCCUGCUUGGCCAGCCAGUCGAUCUUCCCGGCGACUUUCCCAACACUGUCGCGGCAUCUGUAAAGCACAAAACUGUAUGUGUUGGGACAACAGGAGCGACGAACGGUGUGUCUUGUUCAAGCUUUAGCCGUAGCGGGCUCAGUGCGAUGGACGGCCUGCGUUCCUUCAACCUGAACCAAACAACUCCACCAGUCGGACCGACCAACACAGUUUCGCAGCUCUUCUUCUCGGAAGACGAAUCUAGACUAUUCGCCACAGUCAAAGGAGACCCCACGGUGAACAACACAGGCUUCUUCUCGGUCUUCCCGGUGGAUACGUCCUCGUGGGGCAAACCGGCGACCGUGGCCACGACCGACGUUCGAAGUUCCCCUGAUGGGACGGCUGUCCUUUUCGGCUCCGCUAAUAUCCCUGGCGCAUCCUUAGUCUUUGUGACGGAUGCUUCCUUCGGAGGCGCAGUGCUUGAUGUUGAUCCGGCCACGAACGUUGCUUCACUAGUUGCAAAGCAAGCAAUUGAUGGCCAGGCUGCCACAUGUUGGGCAACGAUUUCAUCAGUAACAAACAGUGCGUUUGUGACCGAUGUCGGGGUCAAUCGUGUCGUUGAGAUGAGUCUUACUAACGCAAGCAUCAUCGCCGAGACUGAUCUCUCCGCCAACGGUGAUCCCGGCUUGAUCGACCUCAAGGCCGCCGGCAAUUUCAUAUAUGCUUUGUCCCCCGGAAAUGGCACAACACCUGCAGCCAUUACGGUUCUCGAUGUCUCGGGUGGUCAAGGAAGUGCCAAAUCCAUUCAGCACCUCACGUUGACUAGCAUGGGUGUCGAUAAGAAUGCGCAGGGUAUGGCAGUCGUGUGA